AUGNAUACUAUGGUCGUGGUGCUUUGCCAAUCUACUGGAACUACAAUUAUGGAGCCACAGGAGAAGCUCUCAAGGUGGAUGACGCCUAUAAAGAAAGGACAACCUUCGGCUCAUGAUGCCUUCGUUGGCAACUGGAAACCCACCAAAAACGACACCUUGGCUAAACGGCUUCCAGGUUUUGGCACCACAAUGAAUAUUUUGUACGGUGACAAUGUUUGCGGUCAAGGUGAUGUCGACUCCAUGAACAACAUCGUGUCCCAUUACCAGUAUUACCUCGACUUGAUGGGUGUCGGCCGAGAGGAGGCAGGACCCCAUGAAGUUCUCACCUGUGCUGAACAGCUUCCUUUUAACCCUUCUGCUCCAAAAUCAGCAUCAUCUUCUUGA